AUGAAUUCAACAGUCGGCACCGGCGGUUUCCUCGACAGUCCAAACAUCGGCGGCUUCGGUUACGCAAUCGGCGUCUCCGUCGGAAUCCUCCUUCUAAUAACCACCAUCACUCUCGCCUCCUAUUUCUGUACCCGUCUCCCCAAUUCCACCGUCGCCGUCGCCGGUCCCAACUCCGCCGCCGCCAGACAGAGGAAUGAUGAUGUAUUACAGUUUCAUACAGUAGUUGAAGUGGGUAUUGACGAGGAAACACUUUUGAGUUUUCCUAGGUUAUUAUAUUCAGAAGCAAAGAUGAAGAAGAAAGAUACAACAACAACAGCAACAUGUUGUUCGAUUUGUUUGGCAGAUUAUAGAGGAAAUGAUGUUUUAAGAUUAUUGCCGGAAUGUGGUCAUUUGUUUCAUCAAAGAUGUGUUGAUCCAUGGUUAAGAUUACAUCCCACUUGUCCGGUUUGCCGGAAUUCGCCGGUGCCGACACCACUUUCCACGCCGUUAGCGGAAGUUGUUCCUCUAUCAACCAGACAGGGUGGAUGAAUAAUGAAGAUGAUGAUGAAUCGAUGAUGAUGAUUCAUUAAUUAUUACUGUUUUUGAUUAUUUCAUGAUACUUGUGUUUCUUUUUUUACUUAUUUUAUUUUUGUUGGGUUUAAUAUAUACAAGCAGUGGCUAAUUAACAAAUUAGUAAGUAAAUUAUAUAGAUUAUUUUAGUUGUUUGAAAUGCUUUUUUGGGGUAGAAAAGAAUGUGGAAUUAUAGUUUUUCUUUUAAA